CGACCUUUCUAGCAACAUCUGAGGACCACCGAACUGUGAUCAUGAAGAUUGUGGUCCUAGCGGCCCUUAUUGUGGCCGUAUCAUCGGGCCGCCUUGCAACCGAACCCAGCGCAGACCCCACCCAACCCAAGGGACCGUGGCAAGUGGGAAAAUUGUACAAGUAUGAUGUCGAAUCCCACACGCUCGCAUAUAUGACCGAAAGUGCUAGCACUGGCGGAUCAUACCGAGCACGCUUCAUCAUACGUGUCAAGCCCGCUGGAAAACUGGAAGCGAAACUGGAAAACCCAGAACAUGCUCUGGUUCACCAACUGUUGAAACGCCAUGAGCCAAUGCCAGAGGAGCUCAGCUACCAACCAAUCCUCAACUUGGACAAGCCUUUCGAAAUCAACGUAGAUGGCGGCAGAGUUGUGUCUCUCAGCCUACCCUCAGGCUUGACUCUCGCAUAUGAAAACUUGCUGAAAGGUCUCAUAGGAGCACUUCAAGUUGAUCUAUCUACCUAUCGCAACAUUCACUCGUCUUAUGACACCUUUGAUGAUGAGAACAAGCAAGGCCAGUUUAGAAAGAUGGAAACGGACGUCACUGGUGAUUGCGAAACUUUAUACGCAGUGUCCCCAGUCGCUUCUGAAUGGAGACGUGAGCUCCCCAUGUUUGCAAAAAAUGAAAACCCCAUUGAAGUAACCAAGAGCAAAAGUUACGGUCACUGCCGUCACAGGGUGGACUAUCACUAUGGAGUUCCUGAAGGUGCAGAGUGGACUGGUACUGCGCAUUCCACCAAAGAAGACCAACUUAUCAAACGAUCCACUGUUUCCCGUUAUCUCAUGGGCAAGAAUGGUCCCAUUUACAAGGCUGAGACAACAAGCACAGUUAAUGUCAACCCACACGUGUACGGUAAGCAGCAAGCUGAAGUACACAGCAAGAUCAGCGUGCAAUUAGUUGGAUUCGAAGAUGACAAUCAACCCGAAUGGGAAAAGCCAGAAGGCGGUCGGGAAAUUAUGAAUUUGUUGUAUUCUUUAACCCCAAAGCAAGUAGCCAUUGACGACACAUCAUCUUCGUCAGAAUCUCAGGAGAGCUCAGAAUCGCGCGUUGAGCAGUCUUCAAGAGUGCGUCGUUCCGCAAAACCCAAAUCUUCAAUCGUCGCUAUUAACAAAAUAAUUAUUAAGAAGCGAAGCGAAGAGGAUUUGAGCUCCCAAAGUUCAAGUUCCAGCGACUCAGACUCAUCUUUUGUUAAUGAUGAUGUUCCGAAAGUUAAUGAACCAGCAUACUCUGCCCUGUAUAUGAAUCCUCAACCGCGCGGUGAUAAAAAGCAAACUCCUAUGAAUGCACAAAAAUUAGUUCAAGAAAUGGCGCAACAGCUUCAAAACCCUAAUAAUAUGCCUAAAGGUGAUUUCUUAACUAAAUUCAAUAUUUUGGUCCGACUUAUCUCUUCAAUGAGUUACGGUCAACUCACUCAAAUGAGUCGCAGUAUUGAAAUCGGUCAAUCAAGUGCUGAUGUGAUGAAAGCAGACAUGUGGAGAAUUUAUCGCGACGCAGUUGCGCAAUCUGGUACACUGCCCGCCUUCCAGUUGAUAAGAACAUGGAUACAAGAGAAAAAAAUUGAAAGGGAAGAAGCAGCAGAGAUAGUCGCUCUACUACCAAGGACCCUUCGUUACCCAACCAAGGAAGCAAUGAUACAAUUUUUCGAUUUGGCAUUAAGCCCUGAAGUCAAAGAUCAAAUGUACCUUAACACCUCAGCGCUGAUUGCCGCGAGCAAAUUUAUUCAUAUGGGACAAGUCGAUAACAGAACUGCGCAUCAAUAUUACCCUACACAUAUGUACGGACGUCUGUCAAAUCGUCACGACCGUUUUGUCUUAGAUACUGUUCUACCCCGUCUUAGCGCUGAGCUAAAAACGGCAAUAGAACAAAACGAUAGCCACAAGGCACAAGUCUUCAUAAAGGCUAUUGGAAUUAUAGGUCACCGUGAAAUUUUGAAUGUGUUUGCACCUUAUUUGGAAGGUAAAGUUCCAGCUUCGACGUUCCUUAGAACACAAAUGGUUGAUUCUUUGAGAUUUUUGGCAAGGGAGAAGGACAGAUACGUACGAGCCGCACUCUAUAGCAUUCUUAGAAAUACAGCAGAACCUUAUGAAGUUAGGGUGGCCGCCGUUCAAAAUAUAUUCAUGACUCAUCCCACGAGCGCAAUGUUGCAAGCUAUGGCUGAUAUGACUAAGAAUGAUCCGAGUGUAGAAGUUCGGGCUGCGAUCAAAUCAGCAAUUGAAUAUGCUGCAGAAUUACGUCACCCUCGAUACUUUGAGCUUGCUAGAUCUGCACAGGCUGUGAAAGAUAUGGUUACAAGGGAAGAAUUUGGCGCACAAUACUCAACAAAGGCAAUGAGGUCAUAUGACAGAGACGAUGAUGUCGGCGUUUUGGGCGUUUGGUCUAUCAUUGGCGGAGACGAUAGCUUACUGCCUAAAUCUGCAAGAUAUUCAUUCAACAGUAGAAUAAGCGGAUGGUUCAAGGAAUCAACGAUUUCCACUGCGUGGUCUAGUUGGCAACCAUUCAUUAACUUCUAUCGAGACUUCAUUAAUAAGGAAACCCGUCAGACAAAGUCUCAGACAUCGCAUAAAUAUUCUGCUGAUAAAAUCUACAACAUGUUCAACAAUAAAUAUGAUAACGAGAAACGGCAACCUGCAGAAGCUUCGUUGUAUUUAGAUUUAAUGAAUCAGCAAAGAUUAUUUGCGAUAAGCGAAGAAGACAUAAAACAGUUGCCACAGAAGUGGAAGAAUCUCCUUAUGGAUUUCAGCAAUGGUAUGGAAGGCCAUUACACCAAAGUAUUAAACAAAAACCAAGUAUCAAUAAUGUUCCCAGUUGCUUCGGGUAUGCCUUUCAUCUUCAAAUAUAAAGAGCCAGCAGUUAUUCAUGUUCAAACAAAAACAAAUGGCCUGGCUAAUUUCCUUAGCAAUGGAGAAUUCAACGGCAAAAUGGACCAUGAAAUUAUUUUCACAUACGCAGAAAACCAUGACGGUAGUGUCGGUUUCUUAGAUACAAUUUCCAACCAAUGGGCCGGUGUCGGUGUUGUAGGAAAGAUGCAAGUGAAUUUACCUUUCAGAGUGCAAUAUGAAAUGAAAUCGGGAGAAGUCAAAUUUGUUGUAUCACCACUUCAACCUGAACAAGAUACAAAUGUUCUGCACUACAGUAUCUGGCCAUACAGCGCAAACCAGAAAAAAGACUCGCUUGUUCCUAUUUCUCAAGAUCCAUCGACAAAACUGAUCAACCGAGACAGCAAAGCAAUCGCAGUAGAUCAUAAAUUUGGCCAACAGAUUGGUGUCCAACUCCAGCUAAAUGGCUACUCAUAUUCAAAUGAUUAUAGAAACGUUAUUAACAUGUUCCUUGCACGGGAUCCCCUAUCUCAUAUCGUAGCACCUUUCAAUCAAGCUGAUCUUGCCCAAACUCACUUUAACCUACGCUAUUUGGGAAAGCAAUCUAAAUCCAAGAGCAUGACAAUAACAGCAGCUUAUGGCACAGUCUAUAAUCAAAAAGUAGAGGGACAAUUACCUGCUACUGCAGCUGAUAUAUCGGAUACAACACCAAACAGCGCCGCUAGACGAGACGCAAUUCUUAAACAAAUCGUCGCUGGCAUAAACAAAGCGCGUGCACAUGUUUUGGACCUCAGCGCAUCUUUUGAUGGAGUGCAAAAGUUGGAAUACGUAAUGACAUCCGCCAUUAGCAGCAGCGAGGUUGAUCCUAAAGUUCAAUUCGCCAUAUUCGCUGGUAGAAACUCUGAACAAUUCGGCAACUGGCAAAUAAAUACUGUAGGAAAAUUGAACAGGCCGAUUUCAUCCACCUUCAAUUACGCUGAAGCGCUUAAGAGCGAUUUCAAGAUGCCUUUUGAAGCCGACAUUCGUUAUGGACCUAAAGAAAAUAUUCAUAUCUACCAACCAGCUUGCCACGAGAUGCUUAUAAGGGCCCAAACCCCAGAUACCUACAGAUUCUCGGUAUCUUACAACGUCAACCCAACAGUUAGAAAUGCUGCUUAUCAAGUAUACAGGAUCGUAAAGAGUUUAGCACUCUGGCAAGUUGAAGACAACCCUCUGAAGCCAUCACCUGAAGGAAAACUUGAAUUAAUGUUCGAUCUUUCCUAUCUGACAAAGACAAUGAACAUGGGUGUUAAUUCUCGGUAUGGAGAGCUUAGAAUUAAGAACAUUGCUCUUCCCUCUGUUACUUACCGUGCCUUAUCUGCUUACGGAGGUAUGGGGCCUCUUGAAAUGGCCCUGAACCACUUUACCAAGAAUCAAUACCAACCUUAUUGCUCUGUGGAUGGUUCAAGAGUAAGAACCUUCAGCAAUCGCAGAUACAACUAUACCGUAUCCCGAAGCUGGCAUGUGGUCUACACCAGCAAAGCUGAUAACUACGAUGAUUAUGUCGUCUUAGUGCGCAGACCAACUGAGAAGACACAAGAAGUGUACAUUUCUUACAGGUCACAAAAUGGCAACGAUUUAGAGAUUGAAAUAAAACCAAGCGCUGAUGCAUCCAAUAACUACAACGUCGAAGUAUCAACAACCAGCAAGAAGGUAUCAGAAGGGGAUUUGACCACAUACUGGGACGAAAAAGAUGCUUCCCCACUUCUCGAAUACUAUGUACAACAUGAUGGAGUCCUUAUGAUUUAUGUUAAAAGAGACCGUCUUAGGAUUAUGUACGAUUCCCAGAGACUUGUAGUUUUACCCACAGAAGGCCGUGGAACGAACAGAGGUAUCUGUGGAUUUAUGACCGGUGACCCUCGCGAUGACUACAUGACUCCUUACGGACUUGUCGACACACCUGAAUAUUUUGCGGCCUCAUAUGCUUUGAACGAUGAAAAUAGCGAACCAAAGACCCAGCAAUGGCAGACACAAGCUAAACAGAGGGCAUACUGGCCACAGAAUCAAUACACCGCAAUCCUACGAUCUGAUGCAAACUGGCAAUCAGCUAUGCAGACUGACGCUUCCGAGGAUAAAUGGGACGAUAGCAACGUAUAUGUAUCCAGAAGCUACUUGAAGAAGAAGGGAGCGUGUAAGGUGCAAAAACAAGUCCAGUAUUAUGAGAACUAUGCGGAGAUUUGCAUCACAACAAAACCCAUGCCAGCUUGUCAAUCAAAUUGCAAUGCUGAAGGGUUCAAAGUCCAAGCAGCUCAAGUAGUAUGCAGGCCUAAAUUAGACCAGCAAUUCAUCACAUAUAGAGACCAGAUAAGAUUAGGACAGAAUCCUAAGGUAUCUGGUGUACCCCAAGCACGACAAUACAGAGUGCCCUCAACCUGUAGCGUACAACCUUAAUGUAGACAGAUCAUAAAAUGAACAAAGCUUAACAAGUUAACUGACAUGGCAUGAAAUGGACUGAUUCUGUGUUAUUUUAUAAAUUCGUAUAGUAUUUUUAAAAAGUUUGGAUAUGUAUAUUGUAUUUAUGCAUAGAAAACGUAUAUUAUUUUGUAAAUAUGUAUUGUUUAUGUAUUUAUCUAUUCUUGAUUUAUAUCGC